AUGGCAAAUGCACAUGGACCAAGUCUACAUGAGUUUACAAUAAAUAAUAUCUUAAAUGUCUCAACUGAGUUAUAUAGCCCGCCGUUUGCCACUUCUUCAGAGAUGUUUUGGCAAUUAAGAUUUGUUUCGGAAUCAACAAAGCAUCCACAAUAUUGUGAAUUAUUUUUAUUCGCAAUACCGAAUGAGCAUGAAAAGAAAGGACAAGGUGUAUGGGAAAGACGUAAUUCUUGUGCAGCAUACAUUUACAUAAAGAAUUCCACUCAAGGUUAUAUUGCCAAGAAAGCUAUCGAGAAACAAUUUUCUUGUGCAGAGCAAAGCUGGGGAUCACGAAAAUUUUGUAAGAGAUCAUUACUCCCACCAAAUAUUAUAAUUGGCGUGGAAUUCGAUAAAUGCCAAACGUCAACACAAAAACAAAAAUCACCGUUUCCGCCGGAGUCGACAUCGAAAGACUUGGUGAAAGCUUGGUAUCGACAACUGAAUAAUCCACAGAUGGCUGAUUUAAAGUUGGUCGUCCAAGGACAGGCAAUUUAUGCAAGUAGUUGUAUAUUAUCUGCUCGUUCUGAAUAUUUUUGUCAAAUGUUAAAAGGAACCUGGAUGGAAUCUAUCCAAUCGGAUGGUUUUAUAACAAUUGAAAUUACUGAUUUUACUCCUUCGGUUGUUUUACAAAUGCUUGAAUUCCUAUACACUAAUAAAGUUUCGUUGGGAAAUGUGCCAACACCAAUGGAAACAUUAGUCUCUAUCAUUGCGGAUAAGUAUCUUAUUAAAGAGUUGCGUUCAAUCUGCUAUUUAAAAAUAAUGGACGAAUUGACGGUAGAUGAUGCCGCGGAAAUAUUAUUCUCUUCCGGAUGGAAAUGGGACGAUCUAAAAGCAGACUUAAUGAAGUUUGUCGUAAAAAAUUUUACUAAAGUUCGGGAAACGCCCGGAUUUUAUCAAAUAAUGCAGAAUUCAGCUGAUUAUCCAAAUUUCGCAGAAAUACUAGGGGAGAUUCAUAGUUCACUGAUACCUUCAAGUUAA